UUCCCAGGGAAGUCCGAAAAGUUUUCCAUCUGUGCGGAGGGCUGCAGCGGGAGGAGGCGCUCUGAUCUGGGGUCUCUGCCAAGGCGGUAGGGCAGAUUUGAAGUGCACUGGUGCACGGUGACAUAACUCAGCGGUGUUUUCACGGCUCGGGACUGAAAAAAGUCCCAUACAGUACAAUCUCCCACUGACACGGAACCUGGAGCGACGCGGACAGUUUGAGCCCCAACACUAGUUUCGAGUUUUGAGGAUGUUUCGAAGAUGGCCUGAACUUUUCUUCCUUCCAAGAGUUAACAGCCACCCUGCAGUUUGCUCGGAGCAUGCAGCCUGUAGAAACAAAUUCCGGUAGGUCGGUUCACAGUCUGGAAUCCCUGCUUUUGUUUUUCCUCUCAGGCUGGGGGAGGAGAUGAGUUUCUCAGGAUGGGACUGUGCCUCGGUACCGAAGUCACAGAGGAGCAGAAGAAAGCGAGGAUAAACAGUGCCAAGAUAGACAGAGAGCUGUACGAGGGCGCCAAGCGGGAGAUGAAUGUGGUUAAAAUCCUGCUACUAGGUGCAGCAGAAAGCGGUAAAAGCACUUUGGUGAAACAGAUGAAGAUCAUCCACAGUAAUGGAUUCACCAAGCAGGAGCUCACCAGCUUCAAGCCUGCUGUACUGGAUAACCUCCUGACCUCCAUGAAGUUUGUCCUCCAUGGUAUGGGUGUCCUGCGGAUCAACCUGGCUAACAGCAGGAACAAGGUCCACGCCCAUUCUGUCCUGUCAUGUGGGCGGUGCUUUGACGAAGAACAGGUGCUGUUUCCUUUCCUCAGCCACGCCCUGUCCUGUCUGCUGGCUGACCAGGGGGUGAGGACGGCAUCGGCCCGGGGAUACGAGUACGAGCUCAAUGACUCGGCGCUGUAUUUCUUUGAGAACCUGACCCGCAUCACGUCUCCAGAUUACGUGCCCACAGAGACGGACGUUCUGCGAGUACGACUGAGGACAACAGGCGUGAUAGAGACCCAGUUCAAAGUCAACCAUCUCAUUUUCAGGAUGUACGACGUUGGAGGCCAGAGAACUGAGCGGAGGAAGUGGAUCGGUUGUUUCGAGGACGUCAGGGCGGUGCUGUUCGUGGUGUCACUCAGCGGUUACGACAUGACCCUGGUGGAAGACCCCUCUGUGAAUCGUCUUCAGGAAAGCUUGAAACUCUUCUCCUCCAUCUGCAACAACUUUUUCUUCCGCAGCACAUCCAUGAUUUUAUUCAUGAACAAGAUAGACCUCUUUCAAGACAAGAUCUUACACUCCGGGCGACACCUGCGGCUCUACCUGCCACAGUUUAAAGGUGCCGACUGUGAUGUUGAUUCUGCCGCCCGCUUCAUCGCAGCCACCUUCGUCUCUCUCAACGCUACUCCCAGCAAACUCAUCUACCACCAUUUCACCACGGCCACCGACACCUCCAACAUUGAGGUGGUCUUCCAGGUGGUCAUGGACAUGAUCAUCAAAGAGAACCUGGAGGCCGUGUCGCUACUGUAGUCUCCUUAUGGAGGUCUUAUUUUAAAAAGUCUGCUCCGAGUUUCUGUCUUCUCUCUCAAGAUGCAUCCUCGGAACUCUCACGGUCUUUGAUUUUGUUGCAUUUAAUCCUAUGGGAUGAUCCAGGUAGCUUAGAAAAGCUAUUUUCUAAAGGAGAAACACCACUUGCCUUUUUGAGUUGACUUUAAAAACUCUUGAGGUUAGUGACGGACAUUUCUAAAUCUGUACUGUACUUAAACCAGACUGAAUUGUGAAGUCACUUUUCAAAGGACUUGAUAUACACACAUGCCAUUUGUUUGCCCAUCACAUCCUGUUUUGUGUGUGGGUGGUACACAGAGGAGGCGAGGAUUUACUGUUUGUCCGUUACUUCCUCUGUGCCGCGUUCACUCGUGCAUACCACAGGGUGUUUUCCGCUCAUCCAUCACUGUGUCUGUGCACAUCCUGUGCGUCACACCCUCCUAAUGAAGCAUUGAUCACUGUAAAAGCACACCAGUUUGUGUUUACUCAUCCUGAGCUGCAAUUGACACUUCUUUUAUUGUCAUCUCUGCUUUUACUUGUUCCCCUGAAUCUAACCAGUCAGCCAAGCUGCUGAUAUUUAAUGUUAGAAAUGGGAAAAGUGCAUGAGUAAAGAGACAUCCCUGAACUGCCUCCCGAAUGUUUCAUUUCCUAUUUUUUGCCUCUGAUGAUUAUUGCUCCAGCAUCUGACAAACACACAUGCUCAUAAAACCUGAUUUGUAAAACAGGAUGAUGCUUCGUCUAUGUGAUUUGUGUGGCAUUAACUCUACUGGGGUCUGACAGUGUAGAGGGCUCCCCUGAGCUACAGACUAUCACAAGAGCUCCAGCAAUAAACAAGAUAUGGUAAUGACUGAUACCUUCUGAUAUGCACACAGAAGAUGAAAAACAACUGGAAAACAGCCCUAAGUGCCUCAUAAAGAAGUGUUUUCUUCUGUUGUGUAACUUAAUUGCUUAACAUGUAUGAAAUGUUUAUCUUUUUCCCACUUUCAGAGUAUCUUUUACUGUUUAAGUCUCAUACGCCAUGUGAUAAUCAGACUUACUUAUGGUCUGUACUGUGUAUUGCACUGUUACUGCGAUUAAAUGUGAUUUGCCGACGACCUUA